AUGCCAAACGCCAUUGUUACUGGAGCUACUGGUAUUCUCGGCCGCGAGAUCGUCUCUGAGCUGGGCAAGGAUCCAAAAACAUGGCCAAAUGUUUAUGCUCUUUCCCGCAGCAAGAAAGAAGACUACCCCUUCAACGUCAAACACACCCACCUCGACCUCCAAGGAGACCCCAAGCAAAUGGCAAAGGAACUCGAACAUGUCGACGCCGAAUAUGUCUUCUUCACGGCAUACCUCGCUCAAGACGACGAAGACGACGCGACAAAAGUCAACGGCGACAUGCUACAAAACUUCAUCACAGCACUCAAACUCACUGGUGCAGCAAAGAAGAUCAAACGCUUCAUUCUGACCACUGGUGGCAAACAAUACGGUGUCCACUUUGGGCGUCCCAAGAACCCUAUGCACGAAUCCGACCACUGGCUCACAAAUCCCUCUUACCCAUCAAACUUCUACUAUCGCCAACAGGAGAUUCUGAAGAAAGAAGCAGAAGAAGUCGGAUUCGAAUGGGCAGUGACUUACCCCAACGAUGUCAUCGGUGUCGCCAAAGGAAACUUUAUGAACCUCGUUUCUGCAAUUGGAAUCUAUGCCACCGUCUGCAAAGAGCUAAAUCAACCUUUGAUCUGGCCAGGCUCCCCCCAUUUCUACACAAUGUUCGACUCCUUUACUGACUCUACUUUGCACGCGCAAUUCAACACUUGGGCUGCAUUCGAACCUAAAGCGGCAAACAAUGCAUUCAAUGUCGUCAACGGCGACAUCGAGUCCUGGCAAAACCUUUGGCCCAAAGUAGCUGCGAAAUUCGGCUUGAACGUCCCUGACAAAAUGUUCAAUGACAAGGAUCUCGCCAACGAGUUCGGAGACGACGGCCUCAUUAUGCCUCUCCAAGAAAUCCCGCCUAUUUCUGAAUUCGCCAAAGAAGCCGGCCUAGUAGGCUCACCUGUAAAUCGACAAUCUUAUGUUCACGGCAAACUUGAUCUCAGCAAAUGGGCUCAACGCAACGAAGUCAAGGUAGCCUGGAAGAAGAUCGCCGAACGUGAAGGCUUGGACAGAGAAGCGCUGGAACAUGCGACAUGGGGAUUCUUGAACUUUGUGCUGGGCAGAGAUUUCGAUUUGGUCAUUUCCAUGAGUAAAGCUAGGAAAGCUGGAUGGACUGGGUAUAGGGAUAGUUGGGAGAGUAUCGAGGGGGCUUUGGAGAGGUUGGUUGGGGAGAAGGUUGUUCCUGCGUUCAAGUAG